AGACAGUAGCGUCGCAUAGUUUACGAUAUACAAAAAACAGGAAAAACUGAAAUGUGUUGCAGAGACUAGAGACUUGACAUCAGAAUUGUGUUUGGGUUCCUACCCAAAUUAGCAGCAGGAGACACACAGUACUGCCAUGUUCUCCAUCCAUCAGGACCACCCCCAGACCUCUGCAACCAACAAACCUGGCAAUGGCAUCCUCCUCCCUGCUGCUGACCACCCCACCACCGUUGUUCCCGCCAAGUUCAUUGCCACUGCAGAUGCCUUUGAGAAGAAAGAGCAUUCAUGGUUCGCCUUGUCCCAAAUCCCCACAGAUCUGUCAAUCCAAGUUGAAGAUAUCACAUUCCAUGUUCACAAGUUAUCAUGUUGUUAAUCUCGACAAUUUCCAGUACCCCCUCAUUUCCAAGUGCAGCUACUUCGGAAGGACAGAACCACAGCCUCGAAAAUCAAAUCACUCUUACGACCUCAAGCUUGAUAACUUUCCAGGCGGUUCAGAAACAUUCGAGAUCAUAUUAAAAUUCUGCUAUGGUCUCCCAAUCAGCUUGACUGUGAACAAUGUAGCAGCAUUAAGAUGUGCAUCAGAGUUCCUAGAAAUGACAGAGGCGCUCGAAGACGGGAACUUAAUCUCGAAAGCAGAGGCCUUCUUUACAUUCGUAGUCCUCUCUUCAUGGAGAGACUCCAUUACCGUUGUCAAAUCCUGUGAAAAAGCUCUAUCCCCAUGGGCUGACAAUCUUCAAAUUGUUAGAAGAUGCUGUGAUUCUAUUGCCUGGAAGAUCUCCCAAGAAAUUUCAACAGCAGGCGAGACUGUAAAUAACGAAGACAGGUGGUGGUUCGACGACCUGACCACUCUCCGGAUUGAUUAUUUUACGAGGAUUAUAACAGCAUUGAGAACCAAGGGAAUGAAGCCUGAAAUUAUGGGUGCAUGUAUAACACAGUAUGGGGAGAAAUGGUUGCCAAGCACAGAUUUGGGAAGGGAAGGAAUCGGGAACAACUAUGGAAGGAGCGAGCUGCAAUGGAAUAUUAUGAGUGGCCGGAAACAGGAAGGAAAUAUCGAACCGACUAAGGAACAAAGACUCAUAGUAGAGAGCCUGGUGAGCAUACUUCCACCUCAGAAGGAAGCAGUUUCUUGUAAGUUCAUCCUAAAGAUGCUGAAAAUGGCGAUUCUUUACUCGGCAUCUCCAGCUCUGGUAUCGGAGCUCGAAAAAAGAGCUGGAUUCGUGCUGGAGAAUGCAGAUGUCAAUGAUCUUCUUAUUCCUAGCUAUGCAGCUGGUGAUCAAGGGAAGCUUUUAAAAUAUGAUUGGUCCAGUUCGGGUGAGGAAGACACUAUGCACAACACAGACGUGGUGCAGAGGAUUCUCGGGUAUUUCUUGUUGUAUGAACAGCAGCAGCAGCAGCAGCAACAGCCUGGACCAUUGGCCAUUACUAAACUUCUUGACAGCUACUUAGCAGAAAUUGCUAGAGAUCCUAAGCUUUCAGUGAAUAAGUUUCUAGUCUUGGCUCAGUCAUUGCCUGAAAAUGCGCGGAUAUGCGAUGAUGGACUCUACAGAGCCAUCGACACCUUCCUCAAGACACAUCCGUCAUUGUCAGAACACGACCGGAGGAGGCUGUGCAAGUUCAUGAAUUCUGGGAAGCUUUCACUAGAUGCAUGUGAGCAUGCUGCACAAAAUGACAGGCUUCCAUUAAGAACCACCAUUCAGGUGUUGUUCUCAGAGCAAAUGAAAAUGAGAGCUGCAAUACAAGGAAGAGGUGAAACACAAACGAUCGACAGCUUGGAUCAGGAGAGUACUAACAAAGAGGUCAAAGCUCUCAAAAUAGAGCUUGACAGAGUAAAGAUGCAAAUGGCUGAGCUGCAGAGAGAUUAUUCUGAACUGCAACAAGAAUAUCACAAGCAAAACAUUAAGCAAAGUAAUCUAUCAGGUUGGGCAUUUGGAUGGAGGAAAAUACGAAAGUCGGCUCUUUUUAAUGUAAAAGUAGACGGGGAAGAAGACACCGAUGGAAGCCAUAGCAGGCCAACCCAGAGAAAUAGAGGCAGCUUCCGUCGAAGGCAAUCAAUAUCAUGAUAAAUCAUUAAAUCCUAAACACUUCACUUCAUCCACGAACAACUACCAGAGACAAAAAAAGAAAAAGAAAAGACCAUUUAGUUUUAGCAACGAGCUACCCCAUAGCCAAAAAUGGUUCCCUAGUUUUAUGUUUAUACAAUAUGUGUGAUUUUCUUGAGUGAUGAUAAGUUUGUGAGAUUGCUCGGAGACAUAGACACUGCUUAAUUCGAUAAUCUUGCCACUAUAUUAUUUCAUUUUGAAUAGUUGGCCGAAUAAUGUCUGCUAAAUAGCGAGAAAUCUGUUGGGCCGAAUGACAAUGUUUUAAUCAUUUUCUGUA